AAACUGACGAUUCAACUACCAAUUUUUUUGUUCUUUUUUUUCUUGUCCAGGAAAUCAAGGAAAAUGUCCCCUCCAUAUCGUGUGUUGCUGCACAACGACAACUACAACAAGAGGGAGUAUGUUGUCCAAGUGUUGAUGAAGGUGAUACCGGGAAUGACUGUUGACAAUGCUGUUAAUAUCAUGCAAGAGGCACAUAUCAACGGCAUGUCAGUGGUGAUUAUAUGUGCUCAAGUGGAUGCAGAAGAUCACUGCAUGCAGCUGAGAGGCAAUGGUCUUCUGAGCUCAGUAGAGCCAGCAAGUGGAGGUUGCUAAGAACACUUUUUAAACAAAAUUUGCAUGCCUUACUAAAUAUAUUAUUUUCAGUACUAGGAUUCUGUUUAUAUGUACAUAGGUGGAAAAACAUCUGGGUCAAUUAUGUGUAUCAUGUUUGUUGAAUUAAGACAAGAACAUAGAUUAUAAAAGGCAUAUCCAUUAACUGAGAAUAAGGGCUAAUAUAUUAGGAGAACAUUAAAGAGUGGUAAGAAUUCUAGCUGAAUCCUAGCUUGGACAUGUUUUCUCUACCCCAAUUAUCUUGAUGGUCUUUCCCCUUUCAAAGUUCCUAUUU